AUGAAUCCUCCUCUAGAUCCUAUGCUUCUGGACCCAGGUGAAUACGAGUAUGAAUAUGAAUAUGAUGAGACCGAGACCGAGAGCUUCUAUCUAAACCUGGAUUUAACCUCCAUCAAUGGUCCAAUCCGCCCUCCACGACAACGGAAUGACGAGAACCAAAAUGACCCCAUCGUCGAAGAUCAAUUUCAAGAUGUUGCAGAUGAUCAACUGGACGGACACUCUUUUGCGCCCUUGGAGACCAACAACUCAGACACGUUAUCGAGCGAGCGAAUCCAACUGCUAGGUCUACACACGUGCAACCCCAUUAUCUCCUACAACAACCAAACCUUCAGUUGCGCAUGGGCUGAUCAAAUUGGGACUGAAUUAAUCUUUGCGCAUCCCGAGACCAUACCCGAUCCAAACCAUAUCCUCAAGCCCCUGCGAAAGGGUCCCGCGUAUGAGCUACUCGCCGCCAAUAACGUCAAGCUCAUAGGCCGCAAAGCGACCAUCGUCUCUAGUUCAAACCCGGGAUUGGUUCUAGACCCUACGCCUGAUGCGACAGAUGUCAACUCUAUUUCAACCGACGUAGACGCAUCACCCUCCCACGCCCCGACUUCUACGGCCGUCCCUCGUCGUCCACAAGCAUCCACACAUCAAGCCAACUUCAUUCAACGUCUGCAGGCUAUGAAGAAUGCAAAGGGUCAGUCGGAUACUGUGCGCACGGCCAUGACGCUCCGUCGCAAUGUGAACUAUGCCGACCGACUGACCGCGUGGGCUCGUACCGAAGCUCAACUGGCGGAAAUCGCGAACUUGAAUAGACGUGCUGCGAAUGGUGAUGAGGAUGCGUUGGAUAUCCUAGAACACAUGCUCCGUGCUUGUGAAAGGGCUGAGGAGGCUCGCAUCAAUUCUUGA